UCCGCCCUCGACGCCGCCGGAGAGUCCUCGAUCGCUUCCAAUUCUUCAAUCCGAUGUGGCACGUGCCGGCGGAGCUCCGGGCUCGUGCGCGGGGCCCAGUCGACGAUUUGUAUUUUUUGCGGUCGCGAUCGGAGGAGGGACGGCGUUGCUCACUCUGUCUCGUUUAAUUCUACCGUCGCCUGUAGGAAGCUUCUCGACUCUCUGGGAUUGGAUGGAUCUGAAAUUAUUGAGUUAGACACGAAAUCAAAUGAUUCUAAAAAGGGUCAGGAUGCACAACAUGAUGAGUUGGCUUUGUCUAGUAUUUUAGACUUGGAACUGAAGUGGCCUCCAGAGAAAGUAGAAGCUGCUAGCAAAGAUUCUGACAAGGCACCUGUAAGUAUCCAAACCAUUAAGCUGUCAGGGGAUGAUUUGGAUAAUUUCUUCUCUGAUUCAAAUAACAAGACCACAUCCAGUGUUCCUAGUAUAAAUAGUGAAGAGUUGAUGCCUAAUAACCAGACGAACACAGAAGGUUAUAUAUCAUCUAGAUCAGAAACUUUUGGUUCUUUCAAGGACCUCCAGACACAAGGUAUGGCUCUUAGUCCGGACAACACUAAAGAUGGUGGUGAUUUUAAUGACUCUUUUGCUGAUUGGGAAACUGGCUUUCAGUCUGCUAGUUCUCAAGCACAUGCGCCAUUAGUAUCAACUGAGCAUUCUAAGGGUUCUAUGACCAAAGGACCUACCACUUCAACAACUGAUGUAGCUGUUUCUGCAGAGUCCAAGUCACCUGACCUCUUCAAGGAUUCUGCCACAGCGGUUUCUGCUCAAACAUCUGCAUCCACAUUUAGCGAGCAUAUAAAUGUGGAACAUAAAGUAAGCAACAAAGUUGAUAGCAUAGAACCGAUGGACGAAUGGGGUGAGUUUUCUGCCACCGCCAACUUGAGUCAAGAUGAUCUUUGGCCCAGAACAUCUAAUCAGUUGCAAAGCACAAGCGAAACAGUCGACAUUGAAACAAAGGAUGAAGUACAAUGUACAACAUCUGCAGGUGACAGUUGGGGCCAAGACAAAACUUGGUCAACGAGCAAUAUAAAGGCAGCAAGUGUUAAAAGUGAUGAUGGUAAUGAUGCUUUUGAUGAUGCUUUUGAUUCUUGGCAAGAUUUUGCCGGAUCGAAUGAAGCACCUGGAGUUUCGUCAAGUUCUUUGACCCAACCGGGUAAUGAGCUGGCAUAUAGGGAAUAUGAUCCGACACUGAAGACAGAAGAGCUACAAGAUUUGGAAUUUGGUAGUUUCUUCAACUCAGAUUCCUCUUUAGGAGCAUUGACUGAACAGCGAGGUCCUAGUGAGUCAGCUUCCACCAAUAAAAUAGAGAAAUAUACUGAUGGUAAAAGUGCUACUCAAAAUCCUUGGGAAAAUGAGCAAGAUUUUACCAGUUUCUCAAAUGAAGAAUCAAGAGAUUUGUUGAAUUUGUGGUCACAAACUACUAAUGAAUCGACACCCAAGCAGGCUUCUCUGAUAAAGUCCGUUGAUCCACAGGAUAUGGAAUUUGGUAGCUUCCUACAUUCAGGUUUCUUUUCUGGAGCAUUGGAUGGUGAGAAAGGUCUUACUAAGGCAAGUGUUGCGAAGUUAGAGGACCCAGUUUCUACUAACAGCAUGAACAAAUUUGAUAAUACCCAACAUAUUGAUGAUCCUUUGGAAGCUUGGAAAGACUUCGCCAACUCAGAGGAAGCACCCAGAGGUUUGCCAAAUACAUGGAUACCCAGUAGGGAAGCAUCAACAGAGGAUGCUCCUGGAGUGAAGUCGGUAGAUCCAGUGGAUUCAGAAUUUGGUAGCUUUGUACAUACAGAUUCCUUUUCAGGACUGGAUAAAAGUUCGACUAAGGUGAAUGAUAUCAUGUUAGAUUCUUUAGUUUCUAAGCCGAGUGCUGAAUUUAUAAGUGGCAAUGACAUGGAUGAUAAUGAUGGUCUUUUUGGGUCUUUGAAAGAUUCUACCAGCUUGAGUGAAGUACCAGCAGGUUUGCCUAAUUCAUUGACACAGCCUGGUAGUACGAGCACAUCAUCUAAGUCUGCUGAAUUAAAAAAUAACAAUCACACAGAUGAUAAUGAUGACCCUUUUGGGUCUUGGAAUGAGGCUACUAGCUUGCAUGAAGUACCAGAAGGUUUGCGAAAUUUAUCAGCACAAACCGGUGCUAAGACCACAUUAUAUGAACAAACUUCUGGUAUGAAGAUGAUGAAUUUAGAGGAUAUGGAUUUUGGUGGCUUCUUACAAUCAGAUAUGUUUUCAGGAGUGAGUCAUCAGGAAAAUUCAAUUAAAGUGAAUGAUGUCCAGUUAGAUGCUCUUGUUUCUACAUCCAGCAUUAAGGAAGCUAAUAAUACAAAGAACGAGGAUGAUGACAAUGAUCUUUUUGGAGGUUGGCAAGAUUUUAUUGGCUUAAAUGAAGCACAAAGAAGUUCGGGAAAUUUAUUGAGAGAACCUGAUGCUGGGGCCAUAUCAUAUGGGCAUACUUCUGGGGCAAAGUCUUUGGAUCUUCACGACAUGGGAUUUGGUAGCUUCUUAUAUUCAGAUUCCUCAGGGACACUGGGUCACAAGAGAAGUAAUAGUGAGGUGAACAGUAUGCAGGAUCCUUCAAUUUCUUUCAGGAUGAAUGGGAUGGAUGAGAAAAUUGGUGCAGUUUCGAAAGCUGCUGAAGCACACGAAAAUAAUAUUUAUGCUCCAAACAAUGAGAGUACUAACUCGAACAUUGAAAUGCUAUUAGCACAAAUGCCUGACCUCUCCUUCAUGCUUGAUGACAAACUUUCCAUCCCAAAGAAGGCCGACGGUUCUCAUUCUAACUUUUGAGUGGAAAUUAAUCAUCCUUCCCUAGUUUUCUACUAUGCUGUUAAACGGCUGGAAGCAUCCAGUAUAAAUUCCAUUUUUGUCAUGAGAUUUGUGCGGGGAUUCCAGAUGAUAGAGAACGAAGGAAACACGGAAUCUGAAGCUCUGCUUGAGCCGUGAAUCCAGGCUCUGCAGUCUUACUCAUCCAAAUUAUUUUGAUGGCAGUUAUUUACCGCGGCCCACAUUGUGAAGGAGAGAUUACAACUACCAGCAGGCAAGAACAGCAUUGAAAUCACACUGUUGUAUCUUUAAACUUUUCGAAUGUCCGAGCUAGUAUUUUAUAGAGCACGAAGUUAUUCUUUGUAUUAUUUCAACUACAAGUUGUGUCUCAUUUGCUUUUGAUGUGAAAUUGUCGAGUGCCUGUGAGUUAUUGUAUGAUUGAUGUCAUCUUUUAUUUUAUCUUUUCUUGUUUGUUAGUUAUUGUAAAUUACUGAACUGCAUGCACUUUGCAAAAAUGAGUCCAUCACCUAUUCUUUC